GCACUGAGCAAGCUCAGAAUACAUUCAAAGCAUAUCUACCGAUAAGGCUUUUUGUCUGCCUCCGUUGUGUGGUUUCAUCCGCUGUGAAAGAGAGAAGUCGGAAGGGAUGCUGAAGUAGCGCGGGAUGCUGUGGAGUGAAAACAUCGUGGGAGGAAGGCUCAGAGUGAACCAGCGGGUGGUGAAACACGAAUGGCUUCUUCAGAGCUGCUUCCCGCAGAUGAGGGUGGAAAACAGCCCGACAUUUCCGACGCCCUUGACCGCGUUUCUGCCAAGCUGCAUGCCCGCAAGUCGAAUGGAUCAACAGGAGGAGUGAUCACAGGGGAGGGCGCCUGUAACCCGGUCCGCAGCUGCCAUGGCCGGUGUCUUUCAGCACCAAGGACGACGCCGCGCAAGGCGGGCGCAGAGAUUAAACUUGGCCACCUCGGAGAGGAAAAAAUUAGAGUUUGUUGCGACGAGGAAUUAGAGACAUCUUUCACCUAUAUUGAUGAGAAUGUUAACCUGCGACUGGCCAGCCCAGUGUCUAGCUGCAAAAGUACUCACAGACCCGUGCGCAACGGCGAGCCUUGCUCUGAGACUUUACCGGAGCUUUCUUUUAUGUCCGAGGAUGAUCUCUCCUUCGGGGAGGGCUCCGGGAAUUCCAUAGACUACGGGUUUAUCAGUGCAGUCACGUUCCUGGUUACCGGGAUCUCAUUGGUGAUCAUCUCCUACGCCGUGCCUAGGGAUGUGGUGGUGGACCGCGAUAGCGUGUCGGCGAGAGAGAUGGAGAAGCUGGAGAUGGAGAGCGCCCGGAUAGGUGCCCACCUGGAUCGCUGCGUCAUAGCGGGACUCUGCCUGCUCACGCUGGGCGGCGUGGUGCUCUCCACGCUGCUGAUGAUCUCUAUGUGGAAGGGAGAGAUGUACAGGAGAAAGGUCAUCGCUUAUUCCAAGCGUUCAGCCAAACUGUACGGCUCGAUCAACCUGAAAACUAGAUCCAGUCCCAGCCACUCGUCUGGGCAGUUUUCCAUAGAAGAUGACAUGGAGGAAACUGUGACCUAAACUGCUGCUAUGCAUAAAAAACAAAAAAUGUUUAACUGGGAAUUAAUGCCAUUCACACUCAUUCUCUAACAUACUGUAUUUAUACAUUCAAACUGUAAGUCUGCAACAUUUUUGUCUUAAACUGUAGCAAUAGUUCAAGUCCCCAAUAACAUUUUCACGUGGCAAAUAGAGUGGACAAGAAAAGCACCCAAAGCAAAGUGGGUAAUCACCAGAAAUGCUUUAUGUGGUAUUAAAAAUCACUAAACCAUAAAAAAAGGGAGCAGGGAGAACAUCAAGAGCUUUGUGUCACAAACACUGGAUUACCUUUUUACAAUUUCUGAGAGCUUCCAUUUAUUAUUAAGGCUAUUCAUAUUUAAUGCGAACAGCAAAGAUUGCACACAGGCACACUUCAGGAAGUAGGGGAAUGCUUGCGUCCCCAGGGCAGGAGAGUGGGAGUAAGAAGGGAUGUAUCGCUGUCCCUGUCUCCUGUGACGUGGGCGAAUCAGCUCAGCAGACCACAUGGUAAUAUCCAGUGACAGUCCCUCUCUGGUGGAGUGCUGAGGUAAGCCAGCAAGCCUGGCUUCAUGCAUCUAAGCCAAAGCUACACAUUGGUUUGAUAGUUAUGACAAAUUUGACUGCAGUUGACAGCCAUGACAUCCGCUCUGCACCUUCCUCUGCUCUCUGUUGAUCCACUCUGCGCCUUUUUUUCAGCUACUUGCCUCACCUUCUCUCUGCCCCUUCCCCUCCUCCUGCAAACCUUCAGCAUACUUAGACUUAGAUGCCUGUGGGAGGGGUCCCGAAAGACCACAACCCAAGUGCCUGUUACAUUUCAAGGCUGAUCAGCCUCUUCUUGCCAGUCUCUUCCCAGCUUCUGCUACAUGAGGAUGGACUUAAGAACAUCUAAUCACAGAUGAAAGCGCUGCCCUACUUCCAAAAUGGAAAGCUGUCACUACUUCAAAGAGCUAAUUACCUCUCUCACGUGAUGUAUCACUCUUUUUAAAAGGUUACAUUUGAUGUUAGAGCACUGAUUUACUGAAUAAAAAAAGAAAAUGCAGGUGAGCACAAAGAGUUGAGGAAAAGAGGUUUAUUGUGUGCAGACUUGCUAAAAAUGUUAAUGCUCUUGUGACCUGACAAGGUGAAGACCAGCUUCGGUUUCUCGGCUGAGGAGGAAUUUCACUUUGGACUAGGCUAAGUCUGAGUUAAAGUAACCUUCUGUUUCUCCCCGAUGAUUAUUAAUUCAGGUUGAAGAGAAAAAAAUAAAAAAUGUCACACACACACAAAAAAAGUCAUUUUUCUGUGUAGGUUACACCUUGAGGCUCAUAAAUCAUGCAUGAAGUGCUAAUUCAUAUUUGCAUAUAUUCUUACAAACAGCCAAAUGUUGCAUUCUGCAAGACGAGUUCAAAUGAUUCUUAUGCAGUGUUACUGUUACCUUAGUUUCUUGUCCUUUCUUUUCCCGGGCCAUGUGUCCCUAUUUCAAGGCUUGCAUUCAAAACGACAUGAGUCACCCUGUAUUAAUGAGAUGCGUAGGCUUAUUACUUGACGGUAAACAGCUCGAGGCUGUUGCUGUGCUUUUGUUUAGUUGUAUUGCUUCUAUAUACUGUCAUAACAUAUACACGCAUUCUGAAUGACAGUCACUUCACAGGGAGAUGAAGGAAAAUGGUCUGUGAUGAAAAGAUUAUUCAGAAGACAUUUAUGUAUGAGCCCGGAUUUUGUCAACAGUGGACUAAUGCAAGUUUGUGUUACUAGAGCAUUUCAUUUCCCGUGUGUGCAUCCCUGAAGAACAACCAUUACAUUUCAAAAUGGCAAUAAAGCACUAAAUGAAGAUAUUUCCAGG